UGCCGUAGACUUUUAUUUUUUUUCAAAGACAUUUUUACUGUUUUUAUUUAGAAUUGCUCCUUUUUCUCAUAGAUAUAAUGGCCUAAUCAGCCUUUAGCCUGCUGGCGGCAAGUGAUUCUGCCUAUGCGAGCAGUGUAGAUCAUGAUCAGCCUGCACAUCCGUGCAGUCCGAUCAAGAUCUGCACUGCUCGCCAUUUAGUCAGUAUCUUUUUGGUAAGCACCCCUUUUUUGACAGUAGACAGCGGCGAGAGAGUUUCAAUAUGGAAGCGGAGUUUUGAAUUUUAUUAUACAUGUUCUCUAUUAACCGGACACGGUACAGCGUAAACGUACUGAUUUUUUUUUUCUUUUUAGAUGUAAACAUUAUUCCAACGUAUGUGUAGCGAGCCGACACCCCCCAGGUAGCUAUUCCCACCCAUAAUUUUGAUUUUCUGCACAUUACAGGGGCAGGACGGGUGUUUGCGCAGGACGGUGUCGCCGGUCCGGGCUCGAACUUCGAACUGAAGUUAGCGAAUCCCGGAAAUGACGUCACACCAUUGUCUCCAGCCCCAUGGUAACUGACGCUGUAUCCGACGCGGGAAGCCGAAUAUGAAGGAUAUAGGGGCAGGACGGGUGUUUGCGCAACACGGUGUCGCCGGUCCGGGCGCGAACUUCGAACUGAAGUUAGCGAAUCCCGGAAAUGACGUCACACCAUUGUCUCCAGCCCCAUGGUAACUGACGCUGUAUCCGACGCGGGAAGCCGAAUAUGAAUGAUGUAGGUAGGAAACUUUGAUUUUUUACUCGAUUUCAAGUGAAUGAAGAUGUGUAAGACGCACAUAUUUUAUGGGAAUACGUUUUCUGUACGUCGGUCACCAGCCCCACCGCGGAAAUGUGCCCGAAUCCGCGUUCUGGCGGGUUUAAAAGCGGAUUUACUUCUGUCAAUGGCGGACCUUUGUAAGUAGCUGAGUGCUGUACGCGUAGCCGGGUCGGGCGUUCGGAGUGGACCUGUGUGAUCAGUCACCGCCGGAAUGUUUAUUAGUCGGUUGUACUUAAGCCGUCAUGCUGCACAAGUCAAGCAUACUUACCUGGUACAGAGGCCACCGUGAUCAACGGCACCUCUACUAAUCAGAAUUUUAUAGUAUCUUUUCAGUAUCGAUCAUGGAACCAGUUGUAGAGUGUCCCGCCUUGUGCGAGUUCCUGUUAGACAAAGAUGUGUUAGGCAGGACAGUCAAAUUUCAGAAUUCCAACUUUUAUGGGAAUGUGACAGUCGCUGACGUGGUUGAAAUCCUGAAGAAGAGUAAAAUCAGUCAUACAGAAGUGGAAACAAUAUCGAAAGGACAAUCCGACAAAGAGGUCAGUGUUGUUUUCAAAAAUUCUACCUCUAUAAAUAAUUUACAAGGAAAACAAGAUUUUGAAAUAAAUAAGAAGAAAAUUUCAAUAGUAGCCUGUGGAAAACAAAUUGUUUUUGUAAGAGUCCACUGGUUGCCAGUGUACGCUACCAACAAACUAGUAGAAGCUAUGUUGAGACCUUUUGGAAAGGUCAUUUCAGUGGAAGACAGCAGCAUCAAGGUUGAUGCAGUCUACUUCAAAUCUGGAGUCAGGGUUGCCAAAAUGGAACUAUCAGACAUAGAGAGAGCUAAGCUGCCACAUUUACUACGGUUUGAAUGUGGCAGCAAAGCUCUCCUUACUGUCCCAGGAAGACCUCCUCUCUGUUUAAAAUGUUUGACAGUAGGACAUUACAGAAACGAAUGUUACGGUAAAAGACAACAUAAUGAUGACUAUUACAAAGUACUAAAAAGUUUUGCAGAAGCGGCAAAGUCUGAGACAGGGCAUGAAACAAAGAAGAAGGAACCGUCCAAAGAUGAACAGAGAACAGUCAACCUUAGCGAUACCGAUUCAGACACAGACUCAGAGUCGGAGACAGUAACCGGUAAAGAAGAAACAUCAGUGGAGAUGGAAACAGCUUCACAGAGGACAAAGAGGAACCAUCACGAAACAGAAGAAGAGCACGAGGUACAGGAUUCUUUUAAACAAGCUUUUCCCCCUUUGAAAACGAUGAGGCAGUCUGUGACAGCGGCCAGUGUGGAGGUUUCGAACCCCUACUCUGUGCUUGACGGUGAGUCUGAUGAUCUUGAGAUCGAAGACUCAUCCGGUGAGCAUGGAGCACUGGACGGUGUCAUGGACGGCCUCCUCGAUCUGCAAAAUGUUCAAAGGUAAACUGAUAAGAUAAUGAACUAAAAAUGGACUGUGAAUUAAGAACAAUGGACUGGCAAAAUAAAGAAACGGUUGGAAACGAACGGAAUCAUACUAUGGACUAUGAAUCUAGAAUAGCGAUUUCACUAUUUAAAACAGUUAUAACGUUUGUUAAAUUCGGUUAUAUACUUACCUACUGGUACAUACCUACCUUCUAUAUGUCUGGUACAAAACUGAAAAAGAAAACAAAUAUUUUAGUACAUGUAUAUAUCUGUAAAGUGUCUAAUUUUUAUAACAUUCCUAUCUAUAAUACAAACCCGAUCGAUAUAUGUAAACCACCUAUAAUCCGUGAACACGAAAUCAGUAUUCAAUACUUUAUCAAUACACGAUUUAACUAUGCCACUACUAUACAAUUAUACCUAUAUAAACAUGUCCGAUAUACAACUACACUAAAUACUAGUCUACCUACGCUAGAUUUAACUCCUAUAAUUAUUGAUUUAAACCUUUUAGAUACAGACGGACAAAUACAUAAUAACCCUUUUGUUCAAAUUUCCAAUAUCGGAAAACGAAUUACUGUAUACGCGUUUAUAAUUUUCCAAUACUACCUGAUAGCGUUAACUUUACAUUUCGAGUUUAAAUUAUAUACUAUUGAUAAAAUAAGACACUACUGUGACCUUUACAUUGAAUUAUUUUUAGAAUUAGUAAACGUAACUCUGUUAUAUCCUUAUAAGCCAGAAUACAUGCAAAUGUUAUUUCCCUUUGCUAAAAUAACUAUAUUUAGUAACGUUAUACAUGUAAUUUUUCACUCAUUAAUUCAAAAUGACAGAAUUUAAAAUAUAUACAUUAAAUAUAAAUGGAUUGAGAUCCAAAGAAAAAAUUAGUAGUCUUAAAACAUAUAUCCUUUCAAACAACAUUGAUAUACUUUGCCUACAAGAAACCCAUAUAGAUAAUUAUUUUUUAGCUAAAUCUGUAGAAAGAAAAUUACAGUAUGAAAACAAAAUAAUUUGGAGUUAUGGUCAAAAUAAUAAAUCGGGAGUUGCAGUCAUUUUCAUCAAUCCGAAUGUUCUAUUUACAAACUACCAAACUGAUUUUGAUGGUAGAUUUAUAUAUGUUGAUUUUAAAAUAGAUGAACAAAAUUUUCGUUUAUGUAAUAUCUAUGCACCAGUCAUAGAAACAGAUAGAAAUGAAUUCUUUGAAAAUAUCAUCCCACAGUUUGUUACAUCUAGCCAUUUGAUAGUCACUGGAGAUUUUAACUUUGUUUUUAACACUAAAAUUGAUAAGAUUGGAGGUAAUUUAGAUAGAGGAACUAAUAGUUCAAAAAUAUUUUCAUCCAUUAUCAAAAAAUAUAAGCUGUUAGACACAUUUCGGUAUCUGUAUCCAAAUAAAAAAUCUGUUACUUGGAUGAAUAAUUGUACUAAUAACCUUAUAGGCUGCAGAUUAGACAGAAUUUAUAUUUCAAAUUGUAUCAAAGAAAAUAUUUUAAAUUGUUCAUCAUUACCUUGUACUUUUUCAGAUCAUGACUUUGUGUCUUUACAGUUAAAAAUAAAUGACAACAUUACUUUUGGCAAUUCCUAUUGGAAAUUAAACAAUAGUAUUUUAGAAGAUGAGAAUUUUAUAUCAAGUUUUGAAUUUUAUUGGCAAGUGAUUUCCAAAACAACAAAGUAUACAUUAGAAUGGUGGGAUAACAUGAAAAUUUUAAUA